AUCUUUAGCACUCCUGCAUGGCCGCGACCCGCAGAUUGGAGCGUCGUGGCCUCUGAGACUUGGUACCUUUCGCCUGCGUGGCUAACACACAGAACCCUGCUGCAGAACGUGCCCCGCCUGGGGCUCCCAGCUCAGUCAUGCUGGCCUGCCUGCAGAGGACUCAGGACCCACCCAGCCAACACCUGGCCUGCCCCAGCAAGAGCCUUGAGCUUCGCAAGUGUGAGUCAGUGGCCAGCUCUAUGCAUUCCGCCCGCUACCCAAGCCCAGCCGAGCUGGAUGCCUAUGCUGAGAAGGUGGCCAACAGCCCGCUGUCCAUCAAGAUCUUCCCUACCAACAUCCGAGUGCCGCAGCACAAGCACCUGAGCCGCACGGUCAACGGCUAUGACACCAGCGGCCAGCGCUACAGUCCCUACCCUCAGCACAGCACCGGCUACCAGGGCCUGCUGGCCAUUGUCAAGGCUGCGGUCGUCUCCUCUGGUUCGGCUGUGCCCGCUGGGCACACCAAAAGUGUGCUUAAGAACGUGGAGGGCAAGCGGACUAAACUGUCACCGGCCACUGUGCAAGUGGGCAUCGCACCCUACCCGGUGCCUAGCACUCUGGGGCCUUUGGCUUACCCGAAGCCACCCGAGGCACCUGCCCCACCGCCCAGCCUACCUGCAGCCGCUACUGCCACCUCUGUGAUCCCUCUGCCGGGCCGGGGCCUGCCCCUGCCACCUUCCAAUCUGCCCUCCAUCCAUAGCAUCCUCUACCAGCUCAACCAGCAGUGCCAGGCCCCAGGCGCUGCCCCAGGCGCCUGUCAGGGUGUGGCUGUGCCCCACCCCAGUCCAGCUAAGCAUGGCCCGAUGCCCAGCUUUCCUAGCAUGGCUUACUCAGCCACAGCAGGUCUGCCAGACUGCCGGAAAGGGGCAGAACUGAGCCAGGGAGCCACACCAGCCCUGACACUGGCUGGGGCCACCAAACCUGCAGGGUAUGCAGAAGGGGGCCUGGAUUACCUGCUAUGGCCGCAGAAGCCACCCCCACCCCCACCCCAGCCACUUCGAGCCUACAGUAGUAGCACCGUAGCCAACAAGUCUCCUGAGACUUGUGGUGGGCGGGCAUUCGAGAGGGCCAACGGGUCGCCCCACAAUUGUGGUGUGGGGCUGCCCACCAGCUUCACCGUGGGCCAGUAUUUUGCUGCCCCUUGGAACAGUGUUCUGGUGACACCUACUAGCGACUGCUACAAUCCAGCAGCAGCUGCGGUAGUGACAGAGCUGGGGCCAGGAGCUGCCAGGGAGCUAACUGGGCCUCCUGCAGACGCACUCUCGGGCCUGGCCAGCAAGAGCGUGUGCAACACAGCGGUGCUGAGCAGCAGCCUGCAGUCGCUAGAGUAUCUCAUCAAUGACAUCCGGCCACCCUGCAUCAAGGAGCAAAUGCUCGGCAAGGGCUAUGAGACAGUGGCCGUGCCCCGGCUGCUGGACCACCAGCACGCCCACAUCCGCUUACCUGUCUACAGAUAAAGUCUGCUCUGCGAGCACAUGAACCGAUGGACAGAUGGACAGGGUGCUGAGGGGUUAGCAGGCCACAGCACAGGGCAGGAUGCGAGUAGGCCGUCCUGCCUGCCCUGUGGCCAUGUGUCCACAGGGAAGCCAGGCUGGUUCGCUCCGCACUGUGGUGGGCAGGCAGGUUGACCUCACUCACCAGGGCUUUCUCCCCCAACUUGCUGCCCUAGGGAGCAGGGAGGGUCCAGGGCUGCCUGCAAGGCCCAUCCUUCCUCCAUCGAAGCAGGGAAAAAGGACCUUCUGCAGACAGGAAGUUCCUUCUGGAGCUCCAGCAGAGGCAUUCAGACCAGGGGUGUUUCAGUCAGCAUGAGCCACACAUACUGGGUCUUUACCCAUAGUCCCCUAGUCUCUCAGAAAAGGAGCAGGAAGGAUUCCUGCUAGAAAGUCCCUGGGUACAAAGUGCACCCCCUACCAACUACUCUAGGUGAAGACCACUCUGACUCCAGACUCCUAGAGGCCUCAGGACUACCAGCCCCCUGUUCCUCCUGAUUCUCCUCCCCAUCCUUCCUAAUAGGAAUCACAUCCCACCCUUCUCUCUCCACCCUGGACCAACCUCUUCUCUGUUCCCUCCACUACACCGUAUAGGGCUGCCGGGAACAGCUGGUGCAUUGCACAAGGGCACCGUGCCCAAGGAGACUCCACGCACGUCCUAAACGUGUGUAUUUGUUAGAGUUGCCUGCAUUCCAAGGAAGGGACACCAUUUCCCUACCCUCACAGAGAUGUCACGGGCUAGCGAGGGGCCUGUAAAUUCAGACUCCAUUCAUGUGGACGAUCUUGCCUUCAAGUGUGGGGUCUCCUGGGAGCAGUGAGAGGGUGACCUCCUGGCUAUAACUGGAAUACCCCAUCAGCUCCUCUGCACCCCCCCCCAGGCCUGACCUGCGCUGCUGUGGGGAGAGGUGGCAUAGAUAAGCCCAAGAAGUCAAGGCCUGCAGUCCCUGGGUCCCAGCCCAGCCCAGCCCCAGGCACUCACUCCAGAAGCGGUACCAUAUCUCUCCAAGGCCUGUCCAAGCACUAAGUGCAUUUACAAAUCUCUGAGAAUGUUUUUUUUAUACUAAAAUUGACCAUUAUAUUCUACUGUGAGAAGUGCAGUCUGCACUUUGUUGUUUUAAAAACGAAGAGAAAGAGAAAAAAACCAGAAAACAGAUGGUUGUCUCAGCCGUGUGCUGUGAAGAUGUUUCCACUCUCGCUAACGCCCUCCCUUGGGGAUCCACGGGAGGGCGCCCCAGGGAGCCUGGUGGGAGGGUUGGCAUACACGGUGUUCUGUGCCCAAGUUAUUACAAAGCUCUUCAAGCU